UUUGGCUAUAUUUUAGAAUUUAUUUAUGUGAACAAAUCAAUUUUCUCAAUGUAUCUUUAUGAUCUUUGAGAACCGAAUAUACUUUUAUAUUAUUUCAUUAAUUUCAUAUAAUUUUUCAAGUGCACAAAUAAUGUAUUUUGGAACGUUUUUCGUGUUGUUGUUUGUCUCUAUUUCCAUAUAUUUUGCUGCUAUAAUGGAGAACUCUGCCGUUUCAAUGGUAAGUCGACCUGACAGUGAUUCUGCUACAUUUCAUGUAUAUUUUCAUUCAAAAAGCUUUGCACCAGUGAAGGGGUAAUAUUCGAAGGGGACAACAUGUUUUCCCAGAGCCCACACUAAUAUAAAAGAUGGAGAACACAACCUGCUAAGAUGAUAUUAGCUGUGAUAUUGUGACACUACAGGACAUUUUCUCCGUUUCACCCUUUUUUUUUCUUCUCCAGAGAUUCCCACAACUCCUGGGCAGGAGCAGAGGGCGAUCCCUGCCUCCUCUCGUUCCCUCCAUCACUCCGCCCAUCCUCCCUCCAUCCCUGUCAUUGCCAAUGAGGACGCAUGCGACUCCGGCAGACCGGGCUACGGCGUCUCCUGGAAGAGAACCAGAAGCAGUGACUGUGGGUGACGUCCUCCUUCCUUUCUGGAUUCCCCCUCUGUUCUGCUCUGCAGCGGGUAACAGAGCGUUGCUGCCCCCGCGUUGCGCCUCGGUCACCGGCACCGGCACCGGCACCGGCCGCCAGAGCACAGCGUGCCAGGUACAGUGACGCACCAAAAAAGAAAUGUGGCACUUGCAGUAGUGUGUGAGUGAGUAAGAGGACUUGGAAGGGACCCCGCAGUCUGAACAGGGGGUGGGGGUGGGGGGCACGUGAGACAGUUACGUGAUCGCAGCCCAGUGAUCAGUCAGCGGUGAUGUCAUGAUUUCUGUCAGAUGGAGCUGCGCUCUGAUCCGCUCUUGUCGCUUCUCCAAGUGAGACGUGCGUCCUCAGCUCCAAAAAAAACCAAAAAAAAACUUGGACCGCAGUGAGUGUGCGUGUGCGUGUGUCCUGGCCGCAAAGCACGGUCCUGAAUAAUGAUGGUCCACGCAGCUGUGACACGGAUGAAGGACUUCUCACUUCAAAACUAAGUACUAACCAUCGCGACAUCAAGUUUUCCUCCGGCAGAGACGAGUUUAGAGAACGUGCUGUGGGAAUCCUCACUUUAAAAUGUUGACUUAUCUCCGAUGAUCCAGGGACGGAUGCAGGAACCAGUAUGAGUUUUUUUUUACCUACUAUAGUCAUUUAAGCAUAUAAGUAUGGACGUGGGAUUAUGAAUCGCAGUUUGUUGGAUCGCUCCUGAGGACCGGGUCGCUGCUCUCCGCGGGUGAAUAGAGUCAAACAGCCCAAGGAUGACGGCAGGGAUCCGGGAAGUUCCCGUCAACUCUUCACCGGCGGUUGCGGCUAACGCUGAGGGCGAGGAGAUCGAGGUUUUGGAAAGUACCGACGUCCUUCCUGUGGCCAUGGAGGACCAAUGGAAGUCUCUUUUUGACAAGUAUGAUCCAGAGAACUCCGGUUUCAUCAGUACAGAGCGGUGCAGGGACCUGCUGGCAGCACACGGCUCGGAGCUGGAUCCCCACAAACUGGAGGUUCUGUUAGCACUCACCAACGGCAACGCUGAUGGAAAAAUCUGCUACCAGGACUUUGUAAAUCUGAUGAGCAGCAAGCGUUCCAACAGUUUUCGCAGGGCCAUCCUGCAGGGCAGCAGGCAGCUCAGAGGCUGCAGUCUCCGAGAUGAAGUCGGUCUGGGACUCUCUCAGCGCCUGGUCCGACACGUCGCCUACGAGACGCUGCCCCGAGAGAUCGACCGGAAAUGGUACUUUGACAGCUACACCUACUGCCCCCCACCGCUGCUCAUCCUGGCAAUAACUAUUGCUGAGAUAGCCGUGUUCAUGUACUACGGUUUCCAGCUGGACCGGUUUGUCCUGCAGGUGUCCAGCCCGCAGUUCUUAAAGAGCCCCUUCCCCUACCACCCUCAGCUGAGGGCCCAGGCCUGGAGGUUCCUCAGCUACAGUUUCAUGCACACAGGUAUUGAACACCUGGGUUUGAACAUGGCCAUGCAGCUACUGGUGGGUGUCCCUCUAGAAAUGGUCCACGGAGCACUGAGGAUCGGACUGGUCUAUGUGUGCGGCGUGCUGGCAGGUUCUUUGGCUGCGUCCAUCACAGACAUGACAGCUCCAGUGGUCGGGUCAUCAGGCGGAGUGUACGCCCUGGUCUCAGCGCACCUAGCUAAUGUUGUCAUGAACUGGUCUGGAAUGAAGUGCCAGUUUAAAUUGUUCCGGAUGGCCAUGGCUUUGGUGUGCAUGAGUGUGGAGUUCGGUCGAGCUGUGUGGUUACGGUUCUACCCACCGGCCUUUCCUCCAUGUCCUAACCCCAGCUUUGUAGCUCACCUUGGUGGGGUGGUGGUUGGUCUCACCCUGGGCGUAGUGGUCCUGCAGAAUUAUGAGCAACGACUCCAAGAACAGUCCCUGUUUUGGAUCUUUUUCUGUGUCUACACCUUGUUUGUGCUCUGCGCCGUCUUCUGGAACGUUUUCGCCUACAACCUGCUUGAUGUGCGGCUGCCUCCCCCGCCGUGACCUGCCUACGAGAUCAACAGAAGAUAUUGGACCUCGUCCAUGUGGUUGAACGGUGCCAUCUCCCCGUACUAUGAUAUUCAUUUUCUGUUGAGUGCCUAACAGCCCACUAACUUCUGCACACAGUGCUCUGAUGUGGGGACAUCUACAGUGGGAAAAACUUUCUCUCAAACUCACAUUCAGAUUAACCUCCAAUUUUUUUUUCAUCUGUUGGAUGUUUGCCUGCAUAUAAUCAGCCAGUGAGACUUGUGUUGACAACACUGUGUCGACAAAUGGAUCCAGCACAACAGAACCUGGCAGGAGACCUGUCUGUCUGCAUGGCUUGACCUUCUCUGCCUCCUUGUCUUCAGUCCAACAGUGCCUACUCAUGGAGACGUCCACAUGAUGAAAGCAUUUCUGCACAAAUGCCUCUCUUGGAAGGAGAUAGCAGGAAAAAAAAAUCACCGAAAAGACCAGAUAACUUCUUCUGACCUCUUCAUUAGAAAGGGACAAGUCAGGUCAUGUGAGUAUUUAGGCUCAGCUGGGGUUUACUGACCGUUAGAAGCAGCUAAUGAGGUAUAUCUGUGUUAGGAAUAUACUGAUAAACAGGGUGCGUAAACAUAUUUAAAUUUAAUUUUAGAUUUUUUGGUGUUGUUAAUUCUCCUUUAAAAAUGAGUGUCGAUCACUAUUCAGUGUUGCCUUCAACAUCAGGCUCUCCCCCCCAUAGAAGUGUUUGUGUCCACUGCGCAUUAAAACUAAUGGUUUGUCUUUUAUCUUUAGAUUGUGUGUGUGAAGCAUAAGUGCCAAUCAUUCUUCAAGCUUUCGACUACGAUGCCAAAAUAUUUCAACCAGUACCAAGGAAAAGAACACAUUCACUUUCAGUCAACUAUUGCUUUUUGUGUAAGAAGGGUCGGUAUUUUUCGUGUGUCACGCGCCCGUGUUUUGUGACCUCUGAAAUGACAUUUCUGCAACCACUACGGAGCGAACGACUCAAAUUUUCAGCUAGCGUUGAACAUUUAAAUAGGAUCAAACAAAUGAACUCCUGGCCAGUUGAAGUUACUGGUGUUUAGUUGAUUAGCAACAGGUAGAGUAUGACGUAAAAAAAAAAAGAAAAACACAUGCCUGGAUUCAAGAACCUGGGCUAAACUUUAACUGUCAAUUAUGGAGGCAGUGGGGUGAAAGAAGCAAAUCAAUGCUCCAUCAUUAGUUCCUGUCACUUUGUAAACUGCUAAUUGAUUGAACCGAGAUAGAAGGGGACCCCGGCCCUGAGCUUUAAGUCUCAAAAGAGUGCACGACCUUCCCCUCACGUGCGUCUGGCUCCCUCUAUGCACAGGCGAUAUAAAAAUGUGAUUGAAUACACAUUCAUAUUUUAACAUGCAUUUGCCGUUGAUUUUACUUUUACUAAUUGCUAUGAUUGGUAUGUUGUAUGGGUUGUUUAGGCAAUUUGUCCUGUGAUACGUUAGCUCUAUUCUGUAUGUAUUCUAUUUAAAAAAAAACAAAACACUUGAUAAUAGAGAGGGUCUGGGACUGUACAUAACAAGGGCUACGACAUGAAAAGAGUGACAGAUAAAACACUGACAAUAUUUUAACAAUAUGCUUAUUUUGUAGAUUUGAUAUGUACAUACAGGACUGCAUUAAACUCUUUUAUACAGAAAACAAACUUGUAAUUUUUUGUAUGUUUGUCAGAAUUAGCAUAUAAUGGUGCUUAUAAUAUAAUAUUAUAUACUGUGGUUUUUAAA